UGAAACGAGUUCAGGUACAUGUUAAUUAAUAAACAUACGAGUAGCAAAGAAAAAAGUGACCAUUAUAUUAUAAUAAUGUAAUGAAUACGUAAAGAUUGUAUAUUCCAUGGAAAACAAAGGGAUUCAGGUGAUAAAAAAAAUAUAUCAAAUUCAGUCAUGCAAUAAAAGUAUGGACAUAAUGAUCGUCAUGUCGUGUAUACGAGUUUUGAUUUGUUUCAUGAAUAUUUAUCUUUUUAUAUCAGCGGAUAGUGAACCUAAGAUUUACUUUAAUUAUGAGCUAGAUACAACACCUUGUCUGACACCUGUAACAGGAUACAGUAUUCAGGAUUGUUUAAAGCUUUACGAAAACAACCUGGAAACAACCAACGUUAUGGUCUACAAGAGAAGAUUUCUCCUCUGUCAAUUAUGUUUUGUCACCAAGGAACCAAUGAAAACGAAAACACCUGGAUGUAUAUUGGCGCAUCAACAAAUUAAUGACAUGUCUCAGAAUAAUUGGGCGAAACACAAACCUUCCAACCAGAGCUCGACAUUUUACAGGAAAGUCUUGGGCAAUGCAUCAUCAGAUAAGGCUGUAGAUGGAAUUUGGUAUUCAGAUAUGCACGAUGAACCUCGAACGCAAUACCAAUGCUCACAUACUUUCCAAACAAGUAAACAUCACUGGUGGAUGGUCAACUUGGAACACACGAAACUAGUAAGGAGAAUCACAAUUUUGAACAGAAGCGAUUGUUGCGAAGAACGAUUGCAUAAUGUGACAGUCACUGUUGGGGAUGUAGAGGGUCAGAUGAAACAGUGUGGAAGAUUUAUGGGUCCAGGUGGUAAAGGAGAACGUGUCCACAUCUCGUGCUCGACACCGCUCUUUGGACAGUUUGUGAAGAUAGAAAAAUACAGCGAUACCAGUUUAACAUUGUGUGAAGUUGGAGUAUAUCCAUAAAA